AGGAAACCGGAGUACCCAGAGAAAAGUCACGCAUCGGAAGAACAUGCAAACUCCACACACUGAAACUAGGGCCUGUUUUUGAAGAAAUAUUUUUUUAGGACAAGAUUAAAUAUAUAUUAUUUUGUUUUCAUAUUGGGGAAUACCAUUGCAACCUUUUGGGGGUUGCCUCAAAAGGUUCUCAAAAGACCUCUAUAAAACCCAUCCUUUGCAUAAUUUUUCUUUUUUUUCAUCAGUUUAAUUAAUUUCACAACAUAUUUAUGAGACUGAAUCCAAAAGCUUCAGUGAAUAAUGAAGAAAAAAUGCAUACAAACCAAUAGAGGCCUCUUCUCUGGGAAGUAUGAGAGUAACCACAAAAAAAAAAAAAAAACUCUUCCAGCCUUAUAUGGGCAUAUGUCUCUCAAAGAUGAUGUCACAAACCGCCGGGCUCCCCAAUCAAAGGAAGGCCACACAAAGGGUGUGUUCUCGUCUCGGCCAAUAAAGCCACGCUCAAGGAAGAUGUGUACAACUUGACAAACUUCGGCAUGUGGAGCUAUGCGUGACAUGUAGCGGAAUGUACCACCCAGCUGAAACCGCCAAAGGGGCCAUUUUGAUCCUGGGGUAGAAUUUAAGAAGGAAUGAGACCCAAUUGAGAAGCUGGCCAGACUCGAAAAACAUGAGGCAUUAAGCAGCUGGUUUGGGGUAUUAGCAUCGGAAAACAGCUGCAAGGCAGAAGCACAGCAGAAAGCUCGUUAUCGAACCGACUGACAACUUCCUGUGUUUGCACUAUGGGGAAGUCAGCCUCAAAGCAAUUUGCAGAGGAGGUGCUGCGGCGCCAUAACGAGCACAGGAAGAAGCACCAGGCUCCACCACUCAAGCUGAGCGGCAAACUGAACAGAGAGGCCACCCGCUAUGCUGAGAGUUUGGCUAGCACGCGCAUUCUAAAACACAGUGAGGAGUCCAGCAAGGGGACCUGUGGAGAGAAUCUGGCAUGGGCCUCCUAUGACCAAUCAGGUCAUUUCACAGCCAUGGUGUGGAAGAGCAGUACAAAGCUAGGUGUCGGUAAAGCCACAGCAUCGGACGGAUCCUCCUUUGUGGUGGCCAGAUACUUUCCAGCUGGGAAUAUCACCAACCAGGGACACUUUGACAACAACGUCCUUCCAGCUAAAGCUCCUGGAUCUCCAUCUUAAUGAUGCAAAGCCUUUUUUGAGUCCAUUCCUGGCCUGCAUUGGACUUUGAGAACCACUUGGGCUGAAAUUAUGAGUGUUUUGCUAUUUUGGACAUAAUUGGUACAUUGCUUAGAGAAAUAUGCCUACUACUGUUUGCUAACAUAUAAGGAGCUCACUGCAAUCUGUAUUUGUGUACAAACUGAAACUAUGUUUUUUUUUUUACAUAUUGACUCAUACCUUCUGUGUUUUGUUUACUAGUAUUUAAAGUGGAAAAACAGUACAAAAAUGUUGUAAUCCAUCCAUUUUGUUAAUAAAAUUGACAA